AUGACCGCUGCUGGUGCUUUCGAUUGCUUACACGAUAUAGUAGUGAGAAAACUUGCACCAAGUCUUUUUGAACCAAACACACGAAUUUCCACAAUACGCUUUUGUCGUCAAUCAACACUUAAUCCGUCAUCCCAACAGAGAAUCAACAUCACUCAUGGUACUCCUAUUACAUUUCAUCGUCUACGAUCAUUGAACGUCACAGCCGAACAACUUUUCAGUUGGAAUGCACCAAUGGAUACUAUCGAAGACUAUCAAUCAGGUGUUGAAGUAGGAUUAUUUGUGAACUGUUCUCAAGAUGACAAGUAUUGGUUUGGACCAAAUUGUGAAUACACAUUUGAUUCAUCGAGUUAUUUUCCUGAUAUUGUCGAUGAUCAAUUUAAUGCAAAGAAAGGUAUUCCUGAUGAUCUUUUAAUAACGGAUAAUAGUAUCUGUUUGGAAACGGGUGGUGUCGAAUGUCAGUCGGUGCUGUGUCUGGAUUGGCGAGAAAUAUGUGACGGCAAGAUCGAUUGCACGAAUGGAGCCGACGAAGAAUAUUGUCAUAGACUUGAAAUGAAUGAAUGUAAUCCAUCAAAUGAAUAUCGUUGUCUGAAUGGACAAUGCAUUGAUAAACUUUUAUAUUGGGAUUCGUAUCCUGACUGCAUGGACUCCACUGAUGAGACUGUUAUACAUAACAACUUUUGUUUCCAGAAUUUUGAUUUCAGAUGUCACGAUAAAUUAUGUCCUUCUAUAUGGUUUUCAUGUGGUGAUGGUGAUUGUCACUAUGCUCCAACUAUCAAUUCACCAGAAUCAUCCUGCAACUCACACCGAGAUCUUCUCUAUUACAAACAGGCACAUCCAUCUACAAUCAUCUUAUUUUCACAUAUAUUCAUCACUUAUCACAAUCUCACACCCAUUUCGAUUUGUUUCAACAAAACAUUGUGUCCCUAUUUGUCAAAUGAUGAAACUAUGACAACAACUGAUAAGAAUGGUUUAUCUUGUCGAGCUUUUGACACAUUUGGUCGUAAUGCUACGUAUAUUGACUUUUCUUCUAUGAUUAGAGAUCUGAAACAUUUGGUACUUUCAUGUUCGUUGUUACCUAGAACUGAUGUUACGGAUAAUUGUACAUUAUUCCAAUGUAAUGAUGGAAGUAAAUGUUUGUCGAAGUAUCGAUUAUCAGAUGGUGAAAACGAUUGUUCCGAUGGUGAGGAUGAACAUCAAUCGAACACAUGUGAUCUCAAUCAUCACUAUCGAUUUAAAUGUGAUAAUCACAUCAAAUGUAUCCAUCCAUCUUUGAUACGUAAUUACGAGGACGAUUGCGGUGAUGGAAGUGAUGAAGAGUAUUCGUAUGCUUCACUUUGUGAAGAUCUAAAUACAGAACAAUGUUAUGCUCAUCGUCGUCAAGCACAUCAGUUUAACAUGACAUUUAGUCAACUCUGUAAUUAUAUUCUUGAACGCAUUCCAGAUGCGAAUAAUGACACAGAUGAAUCUAAUUGUCCCAUGUCACAAUGGAACUGUUUCACUCAAUAUACAAGAUGUAAUGAAGUCUGGAAUUGUCCUGAUGGUCGUGAUGAACUUAACUGUCAUUGGUCUCUUCUUUCUUUACGUUUCUGUGAUUCAGUCAGUCAUUUCUGUUUAAAUAUUCGAGAUGGAAAUCAAACAUGUUUAUCUAAAGAACAGGCUGGUGAUGAUGUUGUUGAUUGUGUUGGUUCAACAGAUGAAAGAGAAUAUUGUCGUGUUCAUUAUCCCUAUGAGUUUAAACGUCGUUAUCGUUGUCAAAAUUCGACGAAAUGUAUUCUGAUUAGUGAAAUAUGCGAUUGUCAUCAAGAUUGUCCUUGGAAUGACGAUGAAACGAUCGCAUGUCAUUGGCUCAAUAAUGGAAAAGAAACGAAUUGUGAUCCUCAUCGAUUUCGAUGUCGUGAUGGCGAAUAUUCAUCAACAGUUACGUUUAGAUCACGAUGCGUUCAAAGUCCUUCGGCGUGUGAUGAUGAAGAACAUCUUAUCUUCUGUGAUUUGAAUGAUCGAUCAACCGGUCGACCAUUCCAGACGUAUGACAUUCCAGAAGUUCCAAAGUCUAAAAUCAAUCAACUGGUUCGAAGUUCAACAAAAGAAAACGAUAUUAUUCAUUGGUAUUGUAAUCGUGGAAUCUAUGUGUAUUCACUAUCAAGUCCUCUCGGUUUCUAUUGUAUGUGUACAGAAUCUUAUUAUGGUCAUCGAUGUCAAUUUCAACGCAAACGAAUUUCUCUCAUUCUUCAGUUACAAACCACCAGUUCAUUCAACGUUGUUCUUUCAUCCUUCAAAAUUGUUCUUCUCCUCGUACGAAAUGAUACUUCAAAUACGAUUGUCUCACAUGAUCAACUAGUAUUUACACCACAUCGACAUUGUCUACCGAAAUAUUUCAUCCAUCUAUAUUAUCCAACAAAUCAAUCUUUGAUUCCAUCAACUAAUUAUUCACUUCACAUUUACGUGUUUGUUGCUAAAACAUUAGAACUUCGAAGUUCAUGGAUAUUUCCUGUUCCAUUUGAGUUUUUACCUGUCAAUCGCAUAGCAAAACGAUUGCUCAUACCUGAUGAGAGUCUCACCAUACAAACAAUACAAUUUAAUACAACAAAUUGUAGAUCAUGUUCUAACAUAUCUCGUUGUAUUGGAUAUGAUAGUGAUCUUUGUGAAGAUAUCUGUGUAUGUCCACCUCAUUUGAGUGGUCGUCGAUGUUUCGUUCCAUUUGAUCCGUGUGUUAAUCAGAACUGCAGUGGACAUGGAGAAUGUUUACCAGUUGACUCACGUCUCUAUGAAACUGAUCAAUUUAUUUGUGUUUGUGAAAAAGAAUGGUUUGGGAAUGAAUGUGAAGAAUCAAAAGCUCGAAUUCAUGUGACAUUUGCUUCGAAUAUUCCCAAACCAUCGUCAAAUAUUGUAUUCCUCCAUGCGUUCGAUGUGAAUGAACACUUUGAACCAAUACAUUUAGCGUAUUUUCAGCGUCUUCGUUCAAACAUAUCAAAUUAUACUUUUCAUUUGGAUAACAACUAUUUACAUAAUUUAAUUUUCAUCCAGCUGUAUGAGCAUAGCCAUCAGUAUGAAUAUUAUCUUCUACUAUCUCGAAAAAUGAAUAGUGAUGUAUUAAAAGAGAUCAAUAGUGAAGUGACUUCAUCUCAUCGAUGUCGAUCAAUCAAUGAACUAUUACAUCCAGAUAUUAUUCGUCUGCCACGAUUACGUCGUGUCAAAUAUUAUCAACAAAUAUGUCGAAAUAAGGAGAAGUUCAUGUGUUUCUAUGAUGAUAAACUCAUGUGUUUGUGUGAUGAACGAAAUCAGAGCGAUUGUUUCAAUUUUGAACCUACAUCAUAUGGAUGUCUUGAAAAUCGAUGUAGUGGUCGAGGAAUGUGUGUUCAAGAUCAUAAUCUUUGUCCACGACAAUCGUUGUGUCUUUGUGAACCUUGUUCUUAUGGAGAGAAAUGUCAAUUUUCUCGAUCUGGUUAUUCUCUUUCAUUAGAUGCUAUUAUUGGAUCACAUAUUCGAUUAGCAACAUCGAAGACAAUCAUUUGGAUUAGUGUGCUUUUGAUCUGUUUAUUCGUUAUUAUUGGAAUAAUAAUGAAUAUGUUAGGAAUUGGAACAUUUCAUCGACGAACAACACAAAAUGCUGGUUCUGGUGUUUAUUUGUUAAUUUCAUCAUAUUUUGGAUUAAUGACGAGUCUUUCAUUGUCUGUGAAGUUAAUUUUCUUAUUUAUCAAUAAUCAAGGAAAUGUAUCAUGUGCAUUGAUUGAAUUUAUAAUUAAAUGGUCAUUAACAAGUUGUGAAUGUUUAAAUGCAUGUGUAGCCAUUGAACGAACAUUAGCGGUGAAUCUUCGUACUAAAUUCUCACGAAUCAAAAGUAAAAGAGUCGCUAAAUGGAUUUCGAUUGUUGUGCCUAUGAUUGUCAGUGUUAUCUGUUCACCUGAAUUGAUCUAUCGUCGAAUGA